UUUUUUUUUUUUUUGAAUACCCACCACCAUGCAGUCUUUUCUUUCUUCUUUUCGUACUCAAGCUUCUAUAAGAACUGGUUUUCAACAAUACUUAACACUCUCUGUUCGUUCGUACAUUGCUCCCACUACAAAUCCUGCACCAUUGGCUGGUAUACGUGUAUUGGAUUUAACUCGAGUCUUGGCUGGACCUUAUUGUUCCAUGAUGCUUGGUGAUCUUGGGGCAGAAGUUAUAAAAAUUGAACAUCCAAAAGGUGGUGACGAUACUCGUGCAUGGGGACCACCAUUCGCUGAUAAUAAGGAUAUAAACGACAAUACCAAUGGAGAAUCCGCCUACUUUUUAUGUGCUAAUCGCAAUAAGAAAUCAGUUACUGUCAAUAUGAAAACGAAAGGUGGGCGUCAACUGCUUCACGACCUUGUACGACAUUCUGAUAUCUUGGUGGAAAAUUAUUUACCAGGCAAGUUGGAUUCCAUGGGAAUGGGGUAUGAAGAAUUAUCCAAAAUUAAUCCAAAGUUAAUCUAUGCUUCGAUUACUGGAUAUGGCCAAGAUGGACCUUAUGCUGAUCGACCAGGUUAUGAUGUGAUUAUCGAGGCUGAGGCAGGUUUGAUGCAUAUUACUGGUGAACCGGAUGGAUCUCCUGUUAAAGUGGGUGUGGCUAUUACAGAUUUAACUACUGGACUUUAUGCCAAAAGUGCCAUCUUAGCGGCCUUGAUUCAACGUGGGGUGACUGGGCUUGGACAACGGAUCGACUGUUCUUUAUUAGAAUCUCAAGUGGCAUCAUUGGCGAACAUAGCGUCCAAUUAUUUGAUUGGCGGACGUGAAGCAAAACGAAUGGGUACAUCACAUCCUUCGAUUGUACCGUAUCAAGUAUUCCCAACCAAGGAUUCGUUUGUGAUGAUAGGGGCUGGUAACGAUGGACAAUUUGCCAAGUUUUGUCAUCAAGUAGGAUUAUCACAUCUUUUGGAAGACGACCGAUUCAAGACGAACAGUGACCGUGUACAACAUCGACAUGCUUUGGUGGAACUGAUCAAGGAAAGGCUGACCAAGGAAAACACAGCACAUUGGCUGGAGCAAUUGAAUGGUGCUGGCUUCCCUUUUGCUCCCAUCAAUAAUAUUCAACAAACCUUUGAACAUCCUCAACUCAAGGCCCGUGGACUAGUACAAGAAAUCGAUCAUGAACGUGCUGGCAAAAUCAAAGUGGUUGGUCCUCCCGUCAAGUACAGUGGUUUUAAGCAAUCCAUCCGAUUACCUCCUCCGUUACUGGGUGCUCAUACAAAUGAAGUCUUGAAGACUGUCCUUGGUUAUGACAAAAACAAGAUUGAAGCUCUUCGUGUUGAUGGAUCCAUUGGCAAAUAGUUUUUUUUUUUCUCAUUGGUACAUCUGUAUAGUAUAAUUGUAGAUGAACUAGUCUAGUUAGAUUGAUGAUAGACCCCCCUUUUUUUAUUAUUAUUAUUGUUGUUUGUACGUGACACUUUUCUUUUUUCUAUGAAUAAACUCUUGUGUCAGUGCUUGUACUAAUUCUUUACGAG